AUGACUCCAGAUCGUAAAGGAGCUGUUGCUGUUGAAGGGGAUGCUGAAAAUAGAAUCAGUGCUCUACCGAGAAAUGUUAUACAUGAUAUCCUAAAGCUCGUGCCUGUUCACGACGCAGCAAGAACUAGUAGUUUGUCCAAAAAUUGGAGAUAUAUUUGGGCCAUGCUUCCCAGUUUGGUGCUUGAUAAUCACUUUUGCAAUAAAUUAGCACUAAAAUCUCAAUCUGUCCUCAAAGAAACGUUAGACGAGAUUCUCUUACAACAUCUUGAAGACAUCGUGAAAUUUGUUCUUGAUAUUUCAGGAACAGAUUUGACUUCAUAUGCAGAUAUUGAUAGAUGGAUGCGUUUUGUCACCAGAAAUAAUGUCAAGGAGCUAAUCCUUGGCAUGCCAGAUCCUAGUACUUAUAAACUCCCUUCGCAUGUGUUUAAUUGUCCAACCCUCACAAAUUUGAAACUCUUCAAUUGUAUCGUCAAACCACCAAAUUCUUUUCUUGGCUUUCUGAAUCUUACAACCCUCCGUCUAGAAAAAAUAACUUUUGUCCCAACCAUAAAGUUUUGUGUCAUCAAUGCCCCCCUUCUUGUCAGCUUGGACGUGACGUAUUGUACUGGUACUCAAUACCUCAACAUUGUCGUCUCAUCUGGGUUGAAGCACUUGUCAGUAAGUGAGAGUCACUGUAAUCUUGACCUAAAUCGCUUUACGACCUGCAAAAAGUUGGCACAUUUAUCCCUCGUGGUUGCUAGUCCAAUAUCUGCUGAUGAAAGAUCAACUUAUGAAAAGCUUAUUUUUAGCUUGCCUACACUUCAGAAACUUUUUUGA